AUGAAAGCAGCCGUAGUUACAGCAUUUAAGAAACCACUUGAAAUUAAACAAGUUGACAUUCCAAAACCUGGACCAAGUGAUGUUUUAAUAAAAAAUAUUGCCUGUGGUGUAUGUCAUACAGAUUUACAUGUUGCAAAUGGAGAUUGGGAUAUUAAACCUGAAUUACCACGUAUUCCAGGUCAUGAAGGUAUUGGUGAAAUUAUUGAAUUAGGUUCAAUGGUUGGUGAUCAUUUAAAAAAAGGUGACAUUGUUGGUGUACCUUGGUUACAUUCUACAUGUCUUCAUUGUGAAUAUUGUUUAACUGGUCGAGAAACACUUUGUAAAGGACAAUCAAAUUCAGGUUAUUCAUGUGAUGGUUGUUUUGCUGAAUAUGCUCUUAUGGAUGCUAAUUUUGCUGUUAAAUUACCAGAAGGUAUGGAUCCAUAUACAUCAGCACCACUUUAUUGUGCUGGUGUAACUGUUUAUAAAGCAUUGAAAGUUUCUCAAGUCCGUCCUGGUGAAUGGGUCUCCAUUGUUGGUGUUGGUGGUCUUGGAUCUGUUGCUGUAAGAUAUGCUGUAGCUAUGGGAAUGCGUGUUGUUACUGUUGUUGCUCCAAACGAUAAAACUGCUGUACAAUUAUCGAAAGAUUGUGGAGCUGAAGAAGUUUUUGAUGGACCAGCUGAUCAACAUGGUAAAUGGAUACAAGAUAAAGUUGGUGGUGUUCAUGGAUCAGUUAUUACUGUACCAAUUGUAUCUGCUUUUGAACAAGCUUUUCAAUCAGUUCGACGUGGUGGUCGUGUUGUUGCUGUUGCUUUACCAAAUGGUAAAAUGGCUGUACCAAUUGUUGAUUGUGUUUUAGGUGGAAUUGAAUUAGUUGGUUCAAUUGUUGGUACACGUAAAGAUUUACAAGAAGCUUUAGAAAUAGCUAAACAUCAUAAAAUUGAAUGUAAAGUACAAAAACGAAAAUUAGAAGAUAUUAAUGAAAUAUUCGAUGAUAUGAUCAAUUACAGAAUUAGUGGUCGUAUUGUUAUAGAUUAUUCAGCUAAAUAA